UUGAAAUCUGCGCUCGUGUGCGCGGCGCUCGGGUGCGUCGGGGACACGGUGGCGCAGAAACGGGACGCGGGCGCGAGACGCGCGGCGGCGCGAGACGCCGUCGGUUCAAAGAAGAAUAAAAACGCCGCCCCGGUCGUCGAAGCGCACGACUUCGAGCGCACGCUGAAACAAGCGUUGUAUAACUUCUUCUUCUACGGUCCCGUGCAGCAUCACUGGUACAUCGCGCUGGCUUCAAAGUUUCCGGCGCGCGCGUUCGCGCUCACCGCCGAAUCGCUUUCGCCGUUCGCGGCCAAGGUCUUCUUAAACCAAGCCGUGUUAGGGCCGAUCGUCGUGACGACGUUCUUUCUGUGGGGAGCGAUCUGGGGCGGCACCGUCGCUGAGUAUCCGGGCAAGGUGCGCCGAGACGCCUUACCGACGCUUCGCGCCGGUUGGUCCUUCUGGGUGCCGGCGUCGAGCGUCAACUUCGCCUUCGUCCCGACCAAGCACCAGGUGUUGUACAUGUCCGCGUGUUCCAUCGUGUGGAACGUCAUCUUGAGCAUCAACCUGAACAAA